UAGAAUACUCCAUAAAAUGAGAUGAUCUACAUCAUUCAUUAGGGGAUCGUGAUCCUUUCCAAUUAGAUGGUAAUUGGAAAGAGUCAAAUUUUAUUAGUCAUUCUCAUCUACAUAGGACUCAUCUAUAUCACUUUCAACAAAUGAGAUCACACUAUUGUUACAUUGAAUAUCAAUUUGGUCUUAAAACCCAAUAGUAAACUUAAAAAUCACUAUAGUCAAAACCACUAUUUCUGUUACUGAAAAAUUAAGGCGACGUGAUCUCAUUUAUUAGAAUUGUGAUAGGGGAUAAGAAUUGAGAAAAUUGGACCCUCUACAAUUUCGAACUGAUUUGAAGAGGAUCUGAAGGAUUAGGAAUUAUAGUCAUUGUCUCUACCGUGUAUAAUCAUCCCUCUCCCGUGAGGAUGGUUUCAUAAGAUUCUUAUGGGUCUUUGUGGGUCACUGGAUUUAUCAGAAUAUUCAAUGUGUUUCUUCUGAAGCUGAACUCAGAAGACAAUGGAAGCAUUGGAUCGUAGGGAAUCCAGCAAGUGGAGUGAUCUACCUUGUUCAGAAAACACGGAAACAGAUAAGAGUGUGCGCAGAGUGCAUAAUGUUGUCCGCUGAAGAUCCGUCUACGCCCAAUUCGACGACGGGCUCCGAAUCAACAACCGACGAUGAACACGACGUCUCCCACAUUGAGAAACUAUUACCCAAUGGGGAUUUCUACACAGGCCAAUGGAGCAAUGACCUCCCUAAUGGCACUGGCAAGUAUCUAUGGACGGAUGGAUGCAUGUACGAAGGCGAGUGGCAGGAUGGCAAGCCCAUGGGAAAGGGGAAAUUCUUGUGGCCAUCAGGUGCGACCUACGAAGGAGACUUAAAAAACGGGUUCAUGGACGGGGAGGGAACGUACACAGGCACGUGUGGGGCGACGUACCAUGGCUCGUGGUCUAUGAACCUCAAGCAAGGCCAUGGCAAGAAGUCAUACGCUAAUGGAGAUCACUAUGAAGGAGAGUGGCUUGCAGGGCAACAAGAUGGGUACGGUCGGUAUAUUUGGAAGAAUGGUAAUGAGUAUGUCGGUCAUUGGAAGGCUGGGGUAAUUCAUGGACGUGGAACCCUAAGUUGGGCGAAUGGGAACAAAUAUGACGGUGGCUGGGAGGAUGGGUUGCCUAGGGGAAAUGGUAGUUUUCGGUGGGCUGAUGGAAGUUUGUAUAUCGGUUUUUGGAGUAAAGAGGGGACCGGAGUGAAUCAGAAAGGGGUUUACUAUCCAGCACCCACGGCAUCUCCCACUGCGCGAAACCCUAAUGAGGUGUUCGCCAGUGAUCUGAUUGAUUGUAAGGUUAGCCCUGGGGAAACCGUAUACAUUCUUCCUUCACAGAAGAUACUGAAUUGGGCAGAAACGGAGACAGAGUUUUUGCAGAAGCAGGCGAUUUGGAAGACGUGCAAGGUUUUGGAGGUACUGCAGCCUUGGAGGAGGUCUUCAGCAGAUGCUGUUGUGCCAACUGGUGGGACCCCAACAAGGAGGUUUAAUGGGCAUAUAUUCACAAAUACAUUAUCGGGGAUGGAGAGGUUUUGUAUGUGGGAUUCAAAUGGGGAUGGUGGUAGUGAUAACGUGAAUGGUGUUGGCGAGGAGGGAUUUGAGACAAUGAGGUACCAACCGACGCCGCUUCAUCUUAUGAAGUGGCCGAAGGAGUCGAAGAAGCAAGGGGAGACUAUAUCCAAGGGGCAUAAGAAUUAUGACCUUAUGCUUAAUCUACAGCUGGGGAUAAGGCAUGCUGUUGGAAAGCACGGCCCACCUUCUACACUUGAUUUGAAAUCAUCGGCAUUUGAUCCCAAAGAAAAAGUAUGGACAAAGUUCCCUCCUGAAGGAUCAAAACAUACACCUCCACAUCAAUCUUGUGAUUUCAAGUGGAAGGAUUACUGCCCUUUGGUUUUCAGAACUUUGCGCAAACUCUUCAAGGUUGAUCCCGGUGAUUAUAUGCUUUCCAUCUGUGGUAGUGAUGCCCUUAGGGAACUCUCUUCCCCGGGAAAAAGCGGAAGUUUCUUUUACCUUACGAAUGAUGACCGCUACAUGAUAAAGACUGUGAAAAAGUCUGAAGUAAAAGUUCUCUUGAGAAUGCUCCCCGCCUAUUAUAAUCAUGUCCGGGCUUUUGAAAAUACUCUAGUUACCAAGUUCUUUGGACUACACUGUGUCAAACUAACCGGAGCUGCUCAAAAAAAGGUUCGUUUUGUUAUAAUGGGAAAUCUAUUCUGCACUGAAUAUGUUAUUCAUAGGCGUUUUGAUCUAAAAGGAUCUUCGCUUGGCCGAACAACAAAUAAACCCGAGUCAGAAAUUGAUGAAAACACGACAUUAAAAGAUCUUGAUCUCAGUUUUAUAUUCCGACUGCAAAGAGCUUGGUUCCAAGAGUUCUGCAGGCAAGUAGAUAGAGACUGCGAUUUCCUUGAACAGGAGAGGAUAAUGGAUUAUAGCCUUCUCGUAGGCAUUCAUUUUAGGGAAUCAUCAGCAUCUGAAGAAGCUGUCAAAACUGAGGACAAUGUUAUGCGAACACCUCGCCUUUUGAGAGAAGAUGGCAUGCACCUUCUUUGUGAUCCCAAAAGGUUGGCUACAGUUAGAUUAGGAAUAAAUUUGCCAGCUAGGGUGGAACAAGUAGUAAGGAGAUCAUCUGAUAGCGAAUCAACACUGAUCGGUGAACCUACAGGAGAAUUUUUCGACGUAAUAUUGUUCUUUGGCAUUAUAGACAUACUCCAGGACUAUGAUAUCAGUAAAAAGCUUGAGCAUGCAUAUAAAUCGAUCCAGUAUGAUGCAACCUCAAUAUCCGCUGUUGAUCCAAAGCAAUAUGCAAAGAGAUUCAAGGAUUUUAUCUUUAAAGUUUAUACUGAGGAUAACAAUAGUAGCCUUAUGUGAAUCUACCCGUGUUCUUGGCCUUUUUAGCGAAAAAAUGUAAAUCAAAGUUUCAGAA